AACUUUUGCUCCUAUCUCUCUCCCUUCACUUUCUCUCUCCUCUCUCUCUGCCUAAUAAAUUGAUUCAGGCUCUCUAAUCGCCAUCUCUUGCGUGCUCUUCCCUUCAUCAUAUCCUCAUUCUCUUCAAAACUCUCUCAUUUUAUUUCUCUCCUAUCUUCUUCCUCUCACAACAAAAAUCACACCAAAAAUCUACUCUGUAUUUCCAUGGCAGUUGAAGCUCAGCACCACCACCAUGCAGUUCUAAUCCCACCACAACUGAUUCCCAACAGAGAUUUCAUCAAAACCAACCAAGGAAAUCCAAAUAUUUACAGUACCCAGAUGGAUUCCGGCCUUCUUUUGUCGACCGCAAUGCCGGAAAAUCUGCUUCCGAUGUAUCAGUCUCCUUUCUAUGACGCAAAUAAGGCUUCCAUGAACAAGGAGGCGGCAGACAGUGGCCUCACAUACAACAACAUCUCCGAUCCCCGGAAGCGGCCGAGAGAACAAUUAAUCAAUGACUUCAACAAUUUUUCAGUCCCUCGGAAGACCAAAAUCUCUUCUUUUCUCGACCAAGACAUUGCUUUUCAAAUCCAACAACAGCAAUCUGAGAUCGACCACUUCAUUGCCCAACAUACGGAAAAAGUGAGAUUGGAACUCGAGGAGCAAAGAAAGCAGCAAUCGAGAAUGUUAGUAUCGGAAAUACAGGAAAUCGUCAAGAAACUGAAAGAGAAAGAUGAGGAGAUUCAGAGGAUGGGAAAGCUCAAUUGGGUUCUCCAAGAACGAGUCAAGAGCCUAUUCGUCGAGAAUCAGAUAUGGAGGGACUUGGCACAGACAAACGAAGCCACAGCCAAUUCCCUACGCACCAAUUUAGAGCAAGUCCUGGCGCACGUUAACGACGAUCACCACGCUGGCGGCAGCGGUGCCAUGGCCACAGCUUUGGCGGAUGAUGCCCAAUCAUGCUGCGGGAGCAACGAAUGCGGGCGGGAUAUUGAGGCGGUGGACAGCCGAAAUGCGGCGGUUGGCGGUGGCGUUCGCGGUGGUUCUGGUGGUGGAGAUAGGAUGUGUAAGAGUUGUGGGGAGAGAGAGUCAAGGGUGUUGUUGCUGCCAUGCAGGCAUUUGUGCUUGUGUACAAUGUGUGGGUCCACCCUCCUCAAUUGCCCUGCAUGCAACUCUGUCAUCAAUGCCAGUGUGCAUGUUAAUUUCUCUUAGGAAUUUUAGUGCUCAGAAAAUUGAACAAAAACAUUGUCAAUACUUUUUGGACAAAAAGAAAAAAAAAAUAAAUUAGAGUAUAAUUUUUUUUCUUGUUUAA